AUGGUGCGAGUAAGCGAGGCCAUCAAAGAUGAUCACCGAAAACUAGAAUCCUAUUACAAUAUCAUUGUCAAUUCAGACGACGAAGACGAACAAACCCGAUUUCAGAAUCAGUUCACCUGGGAACUUGCGCGACACGCGGUCGCCGAGGAACUGGUAGUCUUCCCUGCAAUUGAAAAACAUGUCCCUGGGGGGAAGGCGAAGACGGAUGACGAUCGGCGCGAACAUUCCACGAUCAAAGAAAUGCUCGAUGUUUUCCAGGAUCUGAAUUGUUCCGACCCACGCUUCAUCCCUACGCUUACAUUGUUGAUGGAAGGCCUUGCACGGCAUAUGCGAGACGAGGAGUCCAAUGAUUUGGUUAGAUUGGAGGAAUCUCUUACCGUCGAUGAGAGUGAACAGUUGGCAUAUUCUCUCAAUCGCACCAAGAUCUUUAUGCCCUCUCGCGCGCAUCCAUUCGGUCCGGACAGACCAGAGUACGAGACUGCAGCUAGCCUGCUCACUGCCCCCGUGGAUCAUCUAAUGGAUCUGUUUCGAAAGUGGCCAGAGGAGGAGACCAGUAUGACUGCGCUAAUGGAAUAG